CGCCGGGCCGGCAUUGGCGGCCCCGCCCGCGCCUCACCCAGGAGCCCGCGCGGCGCGCCGAGGUCAAGAUGGCGGCGAGGGCGCCCGUUGCAGGAGGUGGUCGCCUGUUUGACAAGAUUUGCAAGUGGUAUUACAACGCAGCUGGGUUCAACAAAUACGGGUUAAUGCGAGAUGAUACAUUGCAUGAAGAUGAAGAUGUAAAAGAAGCAUUGAGGAGACUUCCAGAGCACCUGUACAAUGAGAGAGUGUUUCGCAUAAAGCGAGCGCUGGACCUGAGCUUGAAGCACCAGAUCCUUCCCAAAGACCAGUGGGUGAAGUAUGAGGAGGAUCACCGUUAUCUCGAACCGUACCUAAAAGAAGUAAUCCGUGAAAGACAAGAAAGGGAAGCAUGGAACAAGAAGUAACUUUUCAACUACUUCAUGCAAAUAUCCAGAUAUUUCUGUUAUUUUAAACAUUUGGAUGUAGAAGUCUAUAGGGAGGCAGUUGUGGGCCUGAGGAAUACUGUUUCAGCUUGUUCAUUGAAUCUGUUCAUCCAACUAAAAUAAACAUGUCAAACUAUAAAAAUUUUGGAAGAGUUCUUUCUAAAUGUUAACAAGCUAAUGUUCAGAUCUUUCCUGUGAGCAUAUACAUUACACAUUAGCUUAGUGGUAUGCAGUCUUCAUCCCAGCUUUUGAUUCUUGCUCUUUUCAUCAUACAGCUGUUUUCUGCAGUAGUAGAAUUAGGUUAGAAAUGGUCAGGACUGUUGGUGCUGGUUGCUCUCUUAAGUUAAAGAAGACUUGGUAUUCCUUUGUCACUUGUCCCUGCAGGCAGCAAUUCUGAACCAGUGUUUGAUGUUACAAUGGUAUUGUGAGACAGCAGAAUGUAAUAUUCUGUGAACCUGAGCAGAUAUAUAUUGUAAAAAUGGAAAAUACAGAUGAUUCCUUAACCAUAAAAUGGGAACUGUUUCCCUAACUUUUUAUACCCUAUACAUUGUUAAACCUUUGAAACUAUUUUCAUGUAAACUGUAAUUACUGUCUCACUUCAGCUUUUUGAGACUUUUUAUUGUUUUAAAGAGUAAAAGUGGUAUUCUGAUGUGCUUUGAGCAACAUAGCACUUAACAUAGUUAACUUCUCAUGGGUUUUUUUCAUCACCUAAAGCAUGCUCUAGUUUUUAGUGAUUCAUAUCCAGAAAAUACUGGCUGAAAACCUGGAGUUUAGUCUUCCACAGUUCAAUGCUAGUGUGAAUUUGAUGCAGAUACUGGUAUAAGGCAUGAAAUUCAGAGCCUGUUGUGUAACCUGGAUAAAGUACAGAAUUGUGCAUGAUGGCCUCAAGGUUAGUGUUUUUCCUUUUGUUGUGCAUGCUUGUCUGCCAAAUACAACACUCGGUUUACCAAAAGAAAAAAGAGCAAACCACAUCUGCAGUUUUGAAUUGGUAUGACCAAAUAAAUAAAAUACUGGAUUAGAA